GACCCUGGUGUUUCGGUAACAUGAGCAACCGCAAACUGGUGACAAUGGGUCGCUCUGUGAAGACAACUGAGAAGACGGAGCACCGCCCUGGCCACGUGCGGCUGAGGCCCCGGGCCGGCGCCCCGGGACACCUGUGCGCUGUGCGCCCAGCGAGCGCGCGGCAAGCUCGGCUUCCCGGAUUCCGGCGACUCUCCCGCGCGCCUGGACUACGUUUCCCAGCACGCCCCGCGCCGCGCCGGGCUCCCGGACAGAGCGCCACUUCCGCCGCCGUGGGUGGGACGACAGCGGAGUCCGGCGCGCGCCGUGACGCACUUCCUCCCGGGUCGGGGCCGAAUCGUUGGGUGGCGGGUUCGAGUCCCGCCUCCUGACUCCGGUCUCAAGCCCCCGAGUCCGGGGCGGGGCGCAUUCGCCGGUAACCGCUCCGCCGCGAGGCGCGGCGGCGUACCUUGGACUUGACCAUGGAGUGCUACCUGCAGGGUUGUCGAGCUGCUUUGCAGACGACCGAGACGGAGGAAGUGUUUGUGCCCGUUCUGAACAUAGAGCGCCGCGAGCUGCCUCUGCGAGGGGACAGUGUCUUCUUCCUCCGCAAGAUGCACAUUCCAGAGUCGCUCCUGAUUUUCCGGGACGAGAUCGACCUUCACGCGCUGCACCGCGCGGGCCGGCUCUCGCUCGUCCUCGUCGACCACCAUGUCUUGCCCAGGCACGACGCGGCCCUGGAGGACGCCGUGGUGGAGGUCCUGGACCACCGGCCAGUGGAGCAGAGGCACUGCCCACCCUGCCCCAUCACGGUGGAGCUGGUGGGGUCCUGCGCCACCCUGGUGGCCGAGAGGAUCCUGCAGGGGGCGCCAGAGAUCCUGGAUCUGCAGACCGCGGCCCUGCUGCACGGUGAGGCCCUGGGCGAAGACGGAGAAGGGAGGCUGCUGGGUCCUCCAAAGCGCCCCCCACCCCCCUCCAGAGCACCCCCCUCCAGAGCCGCCCCCCAGGCCACCCGGGAGCCCGUCAGGAGCGCGUCCUGCCGGUGGCCCUCACGCCCGGCGCGGCCUCUCUUCCAGGCCUUCCUGCAGAGGCCCGGUCUCCUGGCGGAGCUGCACGCCUCCUGCCAGGCCCUCGGCUGCGACGCCCUGGUCGCCAUGACCAUCUUCUUCAACUCCCGCAAGGAGCCGGUGCGGCAGCUGGCUGUCUUCUGCCCCCGAGCGGCGCUGCGGGCGUCGAUCUGCGGGGUCCUGGAGCGCUCCCUCUCGCCGGCCCUGAACCUGACCCCCCUCCGCAGCGUCCACCCGGCUCUGCAAGCCUAUCAUCAGGGCAACACCCAGGUCUCACGAAAGCAGCUGCUGCCUCUGCUCCAGGAGGCCCUGUCCGCGAGCGCUGACCCCGCGGGGCAGCCUGACGCGGGCGUGUCCAGGGAGCCGGCGGACAAGGGCUCGGACAGGGCAGGAGCCGCCCUGGUGUCCGGACCGAGCCAGGAUGAGGAGGAGCCCGCGCUGCCCCCCACGCCCAUGAACAGCCUGGUGGACGAGUGCCCGCUGGACCAGGGGCUGCCCCAGCUCUCGGCGGAGGCCGUCUUCGAGAAGUGCAGGCAGCUCUCGCUGUCGCGGUCGGCCGCGGCCUCCCAGGCCAAGAAGUGACCGCGGGGCGGCUCGCCGCGCCCCGGUGCAUGCUCG